AAGGGCCCGGCUCUGGGACCGGAAGUAGCUUCCUACCCGACCCCAUUUUGCCCGCGGCUGCAUUUCCGGUAGCGGCGGCGGGAAGCGGGCUGCUGGCGGUCGUCUAGGCCUCAGUGUAGACGAAUCCGGCAGGAAUCAGAGCCAUCAGAACCGCCACCAUGACUGUGGGCAAGAGCAGCAAGAUGCUGCAGCACAUCGACUACAGGAUGAGAUGCAUCCUGCAAGAUGGUCGUAUCUUCAUUGGUACCUUCAAGGCUUUUGACAAGCAUAUGAAUUUGAUCCUCUGUGACUGCGAUGAAUUCAGGAAGAUCAAGCCAAAGAACUCAAAACAAGCAGAAAGAGAAGAGAAGCGAGUCCUCGGUCUGGUGCUGCUUCGAGGGGAGAACCUGGUCUCAAUGACAGUAGAGGGACCUCCUCCCAAAGAUACUGGCAUUGCCCGAGUACCGCUUGCUGGAGCUGCUGGGGGCCCAGGGAUCGGUAGGGCUGCUGGCAGAGGAAUCCCAGCUGGUGUUCCCAUGCCCCAGGCUCCUGCAGGACUUGCUGGGCCAGUCCGUGGGGUUGGUGGGCCAUCUCAGCAGGUGAUGACCCCACAAGGAAGAGGUACUGUUGCAGCUGCAGCAGCUGCUGCCACAGCGAGUAUUGCAGGGGCCCCAACCCAGUACCCACCUGGCCGUGGGGGUCCUCCCCCACCUAUGGGUCGAGGGGCACCUCCUCCAGGCAUGAUGGGCCCACCUCCUGGUAUGAGGCCUCCCAUGGGUCCCCCAAUGGGGAUCCCCCCUGGACGAGGAACUCCAAUGGGCAUGCCCCCUCCAGGAAUGCGGCCCCCUCCGCCAGGGAUGCGAGGCCUUCUUUGACCCUUGGCCACAGAGUUAUGGAAGUAGCUCCACAGAGGCGAGGGCCCGGUUCCCCAGGCCACGUUACCACAGACCUGUUUGUUUGUUAUGCCAUUGUUCGUGGAUUGUUAUGCCAUUGUUUGUGGAGUCUCACCGGGUUGUCUGGUUUCCCUUACAGGGCCCCCUCCCCCAGGAAUGCACCCACCAAGGCCCUAGGCUCAUCUUGGUCCUCAGCUCCCUGCCUUUUUGCCGAAAGGCUGUACAUAGUCCUUUUAUUCCCUUGUGGCGUGAAAUAAUUGAUAAUAAACUCUUAAUAGGAUAUUAUAGAUGCA